GAAAUCGUCGUCACCUUCCACCCAUUCUCUAUCAGGCGUGUCCCCGUCUCUGUCCUCUGCGGCUGUCGGAGCAGUGGGCCAAACAACGACGCUAACACUGGAGCUUUAAUAUUUACAACGGGGGCUCCCGUUUCAAGCUGACCACCCAGCGCAGUGUCACCACUUGCGACUCUCUGAAACGACUCGGUGUUUCGGGGACGUGCAAAUUUAUAUCCCGACAAACCACCACCACUGCUGCCGCCGCACGCCCACCAAAAAAAAUCAACCCAAAUCGAAGCAAAAUGGUGCAAAAUAAGAUCGCAGAAGUCACCGGAGUCACCGGAUUCCACCGCUCCUUCAAGGGUCAAAAUCCCUUUGAAUCGGAUGACUUCACUAAAAAUGGAUCCCAUCUUAUUGAUUCAUUUAAUUUUGAUUCCUCCCCAAGACACGACAUGCCCUCCAGCCAGCCGAUUGACAUCCCUGAUGCCAAGAAGAGAAACAAGAAGAAAAAGCGUUGCCGAGCAACUGACAGUUUCUCUGGACGAUUUGAGGAUGUCUAUCAACUGCAAGAAGAGGUUCUAGGGGAGGGCGCUUAUGCCAGAGUGCUGACUUGCGUCAACCUCAUCACCAACAAAGAAUAUGCGGUCAAGAUCAUUGACAAAAGACCAGGUCACAGCCGCAGCCGUGUCUUCCGUGAGGUGGAAAUGCUCUACCAGUGCCAGGGUCACAGGAACAUCCUAGAGCUGGUGGAGUUCUUUGAAGAGGAAGACAAAUUCUACCUGGUUUUCGAGAAGCUCAGAGGAGGGUCAGUCUUGGCACAGAUUCACAAGAGGCAGCACUUCAGUGAGCAGGAAGCCAGUGAUGUUGUGCAGGACAUUGCCAGUGCUCUAGAUUUUCUGCAUAACAAAGGAAUGGCACAUAGAGACCUGAAGCCUGAAAACAUUCUCUGUGAGAGUGCAGUCAGGAUUUCCCCAGUCAAGAUCUGUGACUUUGACUUGGGCAGUGGGAUCAAGUUGAACAGUGACAGCUCACCCAUCUCCACCCCUGAGCUCCUCACUCCUUGUGGCUCAGCAGAGUACAUGGCACCUGAGGUGGUUGAAGCCUUCAGUGAAGAGGCUACAAUCUAUGACAAGCGCUGUGACCUGUGGAGUCUUGGAGUCAUCCUGUACAUUAUGCUGAGCGGCUACCCUCCGUUUGUUGGCCGUUGUGGUGGCAACUGUGGCUGGGAAUUGGGUGAACCCUGUCACACCUGCCAGAACAAUUUAUUUGAAAGUAUCCAGGAAGGAAAAUAUGAGUUUCCAAAGGAAGAUUGGGCUCACAUCUCCUCAAGUGCCAAAGACCUAAUAUCCAAACUUCUGGUUCGGGACGCCAAAAACCGCCUGAGUGCCAGCCAGGUGCUACAGCAUCCCUGGGUGCAGGGGGGUGCAUCUGAAACUUUGCGAACAUCAAAAUUGCAUCAAAGAACCAGCAGUGCCAGGGAUCUCACAGUGUUUGCUGGCAAGGCCAUGGCCGUUAACAGGCAGCUGGCGGAACAGGAUGACAUGGAAGAUCAGCAGCAGCAGGAAGAACCAUUCGUCAUUACUGCUGCUGGCUCUUCGAUGCGCCUCUCUCCUCCUUCCAACUCCAAGCUUGCUAGGCGCAGGCAACGUAACAGCCAGCUCAAAGGAGGGCCCGUCUCUGCUGCAGAGCUCUGUCAGCUCUUGGCCCCUCUGGUCAUCGUAGGAGACUGUGCCUGAAACGGGUUCAUCCCUGACCUCCAUCCUUCCGUUAUGAUUGAAGUCCUGAUCCAAGACUGCCCUGAACUGUCCCUCCCAGUUCUGGACACUCUCUCUGACUCUAGCUGGCCUUGAUUCCUCUGCCAUUUAGGCUCUAUGCCUCGCUGUAAAUGGAGAUGCUGCUUGCAGCACUUCCUCUAAAUGCCUUCUGCCCUUCUGCAGCACUUCUUGAAGCACAUUAGCCCAGGGCCUGCAUAUAGCAAACACACAAAUGUGCACGUCUGGGUUGGGGAGGGGGGCCAGUUUAUGAUUUGUGAGAGAGGGAGGAAGAAGUAUUUUUUUUUGUAAUUUAUUUUUUUUUUCAUACAGCUCUGUUCAGAAGAAAUCAGAACAUGUAUCUUGGAAACUAAGCUCAGACACCAAAGGACAACCUGUUGUGCUGCUCCCACGUUACAACUGGAUCCACUGUGAAUUAAGUUAUCUGGAAUGUUUUCUUUGUAUGUGUACGCAUGAAUGGCCCAUAUGCAGAUUCGUACAAGCUUAUGCAAUAUGCCAAGAGGAAGGCUGUUCCUGCCUGAAAGGGAUUCAGUAUAUGGGUAUGGGAGUCAAAGCUGUUCAUGAAUGGUGUGGUCCAUUAUGUGGCUGGGGACUCUUCAAAGUUUUUUGUUUUCCUCCAUUAAGGACAAAUUUGUCUCAUUCAGUCACAGUGUAGUUGCUGUGCACUUAAUGCUCCCAAAGCAGAUCAUUCUUUUUGUGUACCAAUAUUGUGAGAACUUACUGUUGCAUUCAUACAGUUUUAUUACAAGAAUAUGCCAAAUUAUCAGUGGCCACACAUUCAAUGUUAACGACAUAAUUGGACAAGUGUUAGUAUUGACUAUUUAUGUAUGGCUUGCUCUGAAAUACACCUGGCAUCUUGGUACAGGCUAGUUCUACAGAAUCCUAAAUGGCUGAAAAUCCUAAACAAGUGAAACUGGGCAAUGUACUUUCUUUUUAAAGAAUUUAUGUCCCCCUGCCACAAGAUUAACUUGUCGUUUUUCCCUUCAGUUUUUUUUCUUGUUUUUGUAAUAUUUUUCUACAAAUCUAAUUAUGCAUUAGAUUAAAAUCAUAAACUGUCAGUAAAGGUUAGAGCUCCUAUUAAGGGGUUGAAAAGCACAUUUUGGCCGUUGUGACAGUGUUUUCUUUUUUUUGAUCAAAUAUACAUCACCCUUUUUUUUGUUCCAUUGUUCAACAUUGUCUCACUUCUGAAGGGAUGCACCCAUUUCAAAUUGACAAUAAGAGGCAGAUUUUUCUAAGGGGGAAAAAAAAUUUAAAAAAGGAAAACAUUCCACAAAAAGAAAAAUGACAAGUCUUCCAAAGUUGUAGCUGUAUUAAGUUUACUUUAUUUUUUUCAUGUUUGAGAACUCCAUGUUAAUGUGCCACAUUAUUUUUUCUCUCCUUUUGUAUGGCUGUUAAUAAGCUUCUAUUUUCUAUAUGGUGACUUUCAUGCAGGUGCUGUUCAGUUGAGGUGAAACACCAGUUGUUUUGUUUUUUUUUAAAUGUUUUUAAAAGUUCAGAGUAUGAGGUGAGAAGAUGGAAAGUGUUUGUUUAUUUGACCUGGAGCAUUCAUGCCCAGUGAAGGCAAGUUCUUUUUCUUUUUUUUUUGUAAAGAGUUGGCAAAUUUUUUUGUUCAGAUUAAGUUGAUGCUCAUUCUGAAACUGACAGGUUAAUGGACUGGUGAUGAGGUGGUCUCACAACACUGUAGCCAUUUCACGAAAGAGGCUUCAAGUCAUGACAUUUAAUACAUGAUCUAUCACCUACCAGUGAAAAGUGGGGGACUUCUGAUUGUCCAUGUUCUGUUGCCAGCACUGCAACAACGGUACUCUGGAAAUGGUGUCAAAGGACCCAUUUAUGCUGAUAAUAGGACACUGUAAUAGUUCUAAAAAUACCUUUCUACAGAUUCAUCGUUAUGGGGUUCUAUGUCUUAUAAUAAGACUUACUUGAAUUUGUGUAUGCAGCUGUUUCUUCUCCAUUUGGGAAACUACUUUCUAUCUGUAAUCUCAAAGCAUUAAGCUAAUGAUCAAGGCAAUCUUUGGGUUUUAAAAUACCUGUACACUUCAGUAUUCUGCCUUUUUCUCCCUUUUGAGCAUCAGACAAGUCGGUCCCUACUUUUUGAGAGGGCUGGAUAUUCAAAAAACAAAACUGCGCACACACAUUGACCAUACUCUGUACUAUCCUCAAUGAUAUGUUAGAGCUUUUUUGGUCAUGACCAUUUCUUCUUUGUCGAAUGGCGGUCGCCAUUUGGACUGCCUUUUACUGGUGAUAACGGGACAAAAUGAUAUCCUUAAGCCUCACAACUUUUGUAUUGUAUGUCAUUUUGAUGAAGGGUUAAAAUUCAGUCAUUCAUUCAAAUGGACAGUUCACCACAAAUCUCCCCACAAAUUGAAUGUAGCCCAAAGGCAAAAUUAUUUACAGUCCAUCAACACUGAUGAAAUGUUUCAUGGACCUGAUUUUUUUAAAAUCUAAAAUAAGACCUCAAGCUUUUUGAGAAUUGACACCUGAUUUAACCCAAAUCACCCUAAACCAAUCGUCUCCAUUGGGAAGAAAUUGGACAUAAAUUCAUCCUUAAGUACAAAAAAUAUUUUUGAUUUAAAAUAAGCACUUUACUGUACCAUGUGAAUGAUUGCAGUUCACUCAAGGCAACAUUUAUGACAGAUGCUACAGAUUUUUGUAUGGUUUUUGUAAAAAAAAAAUGCAAUAAAAAUGUUUCAAACUA